UUUGAUUUCAUUUCUGAUUUCUCUCUCUCUCUCUAGAACUCCGAUCUUCGUCGGCGUUUCACCUCUCAUCCUGCUGGGUUUGUUUUUUUAAUCAGCCCACUUUCGAGGGGUACGAAGCUUCUUCUGAGUUACUGGUUAUUGUUUUGUUGGGUGGGAAUUUGAGGAUUCAGUGGGUUUUCGAUCGGGGGUUUUUGGUUGUGGUUUGUGGGUUUUUGAGAUCGAUCUUGAACUUCUCACUGAUCGCUGUUUUUUUUUGUUUGGCGAAUGUGUGUGAGUUUCUUCUGAAGAUUUAAGAAGUGAAAUAAGAGCGAGGAGGAAGAGGAAGAUGCCGCAAGAUCAUCCGAAGAAGGAGGCCAAAGAAAUCAAGUUUUUUACUGAAUAUGGGGAUGCUAAUAGGUAUAAGGUUCUUGAAGUUAUUGGAAGGGGAAGUUACGGAGUUGUUUGUUCUGCUAUUGACAUGCAUACUAGAGAGAAAGUUGCAAUAAAGAGAAUUCAUGAUAUUUUUUAUCACGCAUCGGAUGCUAUUCGAAUCCUUCGUGAAGUUAAGUUGCUUAGAUUGUUACGGCAUCCUGAUAUCGUCGACAUCAAGCAUAUUAUGCUACCACCUUCUAAAAAGGAAUUUAAGGACAUUUAUGUGGUUUGUGAGCUUAUGGAAUCUGAUCUUCAUCAAGUUAUUAAAGCAAACGACGACUUGACCCGUGAACAUCAUCAAUUCUUUCUCUACCAAAUGCUACGUGCUUUGAAAUUCAUGCAUACAGCGAAUGUGUAUCAUAGAGACCUGAAGCCGAAGAAUAUACUGGCAAAUGCCAAUUGCAAGCUUAAAAUUUGCGAUUUCGGGCUUGCAAGAGUUGCUUUCAGUGACACUCCAACCACUGUAUUUUGGACAGACUACGUCGCCACUAGAUGGUACCGAGCUCCGGAGUUGUGUGGAUCAUUCUCUUCCAAGUAUACUCCUGCGAUCGAUAUUUGGAGUGUCGGCUGCAUAUUUGCUGAGGUUUUGUUGGGGAAGCCACUGUUUCCGGGUAAAAGCGUUGCCCAUCAAUUGGACUUGAUUACUGAUCUUCUCGGGACUCCCUCAUCGGAAACCAUUGCAGGAGUUCGGAAUGAAAAGGCUAGGAGAUAUCUGUCAGAAAUGAGAAGGAAAUCUGCAGUGCCAUUUUCACAAAGAUUUCCGAAUUUGGAUCCGGCAGCCGUUCGCUUACUGCAAAGGCUAUUAGCAUUUGAUCCGAAGGAUCGACCAUCGGCCGUGGAGGCUCUUGCUGAUCCUUACUUUAAGGGCCUAGCCAAAGUUGAAAGAGAGCCUUCUUGUCAGCCUAUCUCGAGAUCGGAAUUCGAGUUUGAGAGACGAAAAUUAACAAAAGAUGAUGUAAGGGAAUUGUUAUACCGAGAAAUAUUAGAAUAUCAUCCUCAAAUUCGUGAUGAUUAUUUGAAUGGAACUGAUACUACAAAGCUCCUCUAUCCCAGCUUUACAGGUCAUUUUAAAAGCCAAUUCACCUACCACAAGGAGAACGACGGUAAAAGCGCACCUGUUUUGCCUCUAGAACGGAAACACUUCUCCCUCCCACGGUCCACCGUUUGCACAAAUUUGGUUUCACCCGACCGUGAGCCCGUUCGACGAAAUCCCAAAGCCUGUAAUAAUAGCGUGGGAUUACCUGAUAGAAGAUUUGGGAAUCCAUCAAAGGCUCAUCCUCCACCUAAAGUGCCUGUUGCUGCAAAUCUUGGGCGAGUUGUCGGGCCCGUCCUUCCAUGUGAGAACAGAAACAUAAAAGAUGUUUAUUCGAAACUAACGUCGCAAAUUAGAAGUUUCGAUUUGUGAAUGAACAAUCUUCUUUAAUUCAAUCCUUGAUCUCCUGGCACUGUCAUUUGAUGAGAGCCUCGCACGGUCGUUCGCUUUGGAAGCAACGAAUAUUACCCGACCACGAGCAGCAGUAGAUCCAUAGAGUGAUCCAUCCAUUAUAGCACUUAAGGAAGCUGUUGCAGGCAAGAACUUAAGUUGGGAGUGGCAACCAUUGCCAUUGCUGCUCAGUGGAGUAACAGAGAUAGGUAUAACCAACAGUAGGAGGGGUAUCCAUCCAGUCCAUUCAAAUGGGUAUUGUUUCAAGGCUCUUUUUGUUGUUGACUGCAUUUGCUGCUUAUCACGCCAUGUAAUUAUAGACACACUCAAAUUGCUGUAUUAACCAUUUGAAUGGAGAUUUGUAUAUUGUACUAUGGACCAACUAUUUACGAAUCAAUGAAAGUUAUCCGACACUGGAGGCUCCUCGAGUCGGGAUAUUCUUCUUUGAAUA